CAUCUCUGUAAUGCCCGAACCUAGUCCCAGGCGCAUGGAGCCCACGCGAGACUAUCCGCUGUUUGGGGGGGCCUUCUCCGCCACUCUCCCCCCCGGGGCCAUCGACGUGAGCGAUCUCCGGCCGGUCCCGAACAAUCAGGAAGUCUUCUGCCACCGCGUGACGGACCAGAGCCUGAUCGUGGAACUUCUGGAGCAGCAGGCCCACGUGCAGGGAGAGGAGGCUGCGCGAUACCACUUUGAGGACGUUUGCGGGGCGCAGGAGGCUAGGGCUGUGCAAGUGGAAACUGUGCAACCCCUCUUUUUGGAGAACCUGGCCCUGAGGGGCUGCUGUCAAGAAGCCUGGGUCCUCUCUGGCAAGCAGCAGGUGGCUAAGGAAAACCAGCAGGUAGCAAAGGACGUGACGGUGCACCAGGCCUUGCUGCGGCUGCCCCAGUACCAGACUGAUGUCCUGCUCACCUUCAGUCAGCCCCCCCCUGACAACAGGCCAUUUCUUAGCCCUGAAAAUCUGUCACUUCUGCCCUGGAGCCUGGGUGACUUUGAACAGCUGGUGACCAGUCUGACCCUUCACGAUCCCGGCAUCUUUGGUCCCCAGUAAAGAUCCUGAAGUACCGCGUGACGCUGCUAAAGCACAUGGGGGCCCUGUUCUGCAAGGGGAGCGAGGGUUUGGAGAUAUUCCCCUAAUUCCUUCCCUGUGCAUAAACAUAAGACACCUCCUGUCUGCAGAAAUAAACUUGCUUUAUACCCAA